AUGCACUCAGUCUUCUACGGGAUUAUUAUCAUUGGAUCAAUGAUCAUUGCACUCGUAAUUUACAAUGUUGCCAUGUUUGGAUGGUGUGCUUACAAUCGCCUGUUACAUCCUCCCAUGGCCAACGCCAGCGCAGGCGCAGCAGACAAGAAGAGCCUUGGUUCUGUGAGACUGAACCCGGCUUUGGUUUCCACGUUCAAGUAUAAGAAAGGAACGGAAAAUAAUGCAGACGAAACUCCUGAAACCGAUCAAUGUGAAUGUGUUGUGUGCUUGACUGGGUUUGAAGAUGAUGAAUAUGUGCGGCAGCUUCCAAGAUGCAAGCACUGCUUCCAUGCACCGUGCAUUGACAUGUGGCUCUGCUCUCAUUCUGAGUGUCCGCUAUGCCGCACACCCGUCGACCGAAUGAGUAAACAAGAGGGGCCAAUGACACCCAAGGAGAGCUCCCAGGAGGUCCUGGUUACCAUCAUUACCAUCUAA